UGUAACCAUGUUUUUAGACUGGCUACAAUUUUGGUUCGAGAAAUCUAUCGAAAACAAACCGGAAUACUUCAACAAAAUUCAAAUUCGGUUUAUGUUUAACCAAUCAUCAAAUCCCCUAGAUUUUACUAUAUAAUUGGUUAAUUUUGGUUUGCGAUUAAUUUUGGGUUUAGAUAAUUCCAUUUAUUGUAUCUUCUUUACGAGAAACACUCGUCGGAAGACGAUCGCAGAUCUCCGACAAUGGAACCAGAAGUAAUCAGAGACAAAGACUCGAUGAGAAAAUGGUCUCGAGCCAUGAGAUUACAAGGCAAGACCAUUGGUUUAGUACCAACAAUGGGUUACCUCCACGAAGGUCACUUAUCUCUCGUUCGUCAAUCCUUAACCCUCACUGACGUCACCGUCGUCUCAAUCUACGUCAAUCCAGGCCAAUUCUCUUCCACUGAAGACCUCUCCACUUACCCAUCUGAUUUCUCCGGCGAUCUCACCAAGCUCGCGGCUAUUUCCGGUGGUAAAGUCGUCGUCUUUAACCCCAAAAACCUCUACGAUUACGGCGGUGAGACCAAGAAGAUAAAUGACGGUGGUGGUGGUGGUGGGAGGGUUUUGAGUUGUGUAGAGGAAGGUGGAUUAGGGCAUGAGACGUGGAUUAGGGUUGAGAGAUUGGAGAAAGGUUUGUGUGGGAAGAGUAGGCCUGUGUUCUUUAGAGGUGUUGCCACUAUUGUUACUAAGCUUUUUAAUAUUGUUGAGCCUGAUGUUGCUGUGUUUGGUAAAAAGGAUUAUCAACAAUGGCGUAUUAUACAGAGAAUGGUUCGAGAUCUUGAUUUUGGAAUAGAGAUUGUAGGAUCAGAUAUAGCUAGAGAAAAAGAUGGGCUUGCAAUGAGUUCGAGAAAUGUGCGUCUUUCAGAUGAAGAAAGGCAAAGGGCGUUGUCUAUUAGUAGGUCACUGGCCAUGGCUAAAGCUUCUGUAGCAGAAGGGAAAACCAGUUGUGCAGAGCUUAAGGAUAUGAUCAUUAAACAACUUGUUGGAUCUGCAGGACGAGUAGAUUAUGUCGAGAUUGUUGACCAAGAAACUCUUGAAGGAGUAGAAGAGAUAAAGAGUGGAGUAGUGAUUUGUGUUGCUGCUUGGUUUGGAACGGUGAGGCUCAUAGACAACAUUGAGAUCGAUGUCUCUCUUUAGAUCUAAAUGUCUGCAUCAAACUUCAUAACAAAACUUGGAAGCUUUGUUUGAAGCUAAUGAAUUUGGAUGCGGAAGAAACCUUUGCAAAUCGAGAAGAUUGAUGAGAAUCAACGUAAACUAUCACAGCUUCAUUAUGUUGGUAUGUAAGAGACAGGAUGGAAGCAGGAAUGAUAUUUGCACAUUCUCAUUGUAUCUGUUAUAACCUCUUUUCAUUGCAAACCUGAGUGUUUGAGUUUUGAAAUUUACACACAGCUUUGUUAUUCUAUACGCAAGUAGGAAUAAAUUAUACUUCACAAGUUGGCUAUGAUA